AGUUCCCCCAAGCGCAAAAAAGUCCUUGGUUUUUUUAAAGAAUGCCUGUAUCUUCCUUUCUUAGGCAUUCGUUAAAUCGUUCUGCCAGGUUGAUCACUUGUUGUCUUAGUUGCGGUGUCUUUCCACGGACGCAGCGCAAAAGAUGUUCCAACGUGAUAAUAUUUGCUUUUUGGAUGCCCACCUUCCUGCGUUUGCAUCAAUUACAUAUACAUGUUUCACCUUGCAGCCCUUACCUUGCGUUCCUUAUGUCAUUUUCAUUCUUUCUGUACUUUCGACUGAGCCCUUUCUUUGCAGCCUACAACUAAAUAAGUAAAUCACAUUCCCAUUCGCAAUUAUGCGCAUGACAAUACCGAGCCCAAUACGCUUCUAUGUUGAAGACACGGGAUAGAAAGUUUCUUCUAUCGCUUCACAUGGAUCAUCCUGCGAAUGAUUUCAUUAUCAUAUUGUAAUAUUGAGCCAUUUUGGCUCAAGCAGCGACCACAACUACAUCCAACAUUUUUGUCAACUAGUAGCUGAUAUUUUUACACAGAAAGAACAAGAAGCUGUAGUAUAAGAAUGUUGGCGGGUCUUGUUUUUCAUUUCAGCGACAGCGACGAGGGUUUUAAUAAAAGGCUUUCAUUUUUUAAUAAAACAGAUCAAAACACAUGCGUUGUUGAGAACGGAUACUACCCCUUUCCAAAUCAAAACACAUUAGGACCCGGGGGGACAGGAAGAGCCCCCCGGUAGCGCUAGAAAGACGUACUCACAUGGGUGCACACAUAAGGACGUUGAAAAAGAAACACACACACGCACACACGUCGGUCAAAAAACAGAAACAAUAUGCGUCCUGCACAAACUGCCCUGACUCACUCACCGGGUGGAUGCGCCACCGAGGUCCGUCGCUGCAGUAGCUUAAAUAAUAAAUAAUAAAAAGAAAAAUAUAGAAAUAGUAGCGGCAAAGCUAUCUGUAGUGCUUUCCUGGUAGAACAGCCGCGCCACGCCGCUGAGCGGGAGACGGCCUGUCCAGUGAGUGAGUGCCCCGUCAACUGCUCGCCGGGGCGCUGCGUGGAAGAGCAGCGUCGCCGCAUGUCGAGCCGGGGAACUAGUUUGCUUUCGAUUGCCUUUUUAUUUUUUAAGUUCCCCGUCAUCUCAAUUCCCCCUUAACUUGCCGCCUUACUCUUCACGGACAUGGGGGAUGACAUCAGCGCGUAGAACGGUUUGAACCAGACUCGGGCUACAAGGCCACAGGUAAACUAUCCCAGUGUCUUCCGGCCGGCCUUGACGCAAUCUGACUACUAAAAGCCUCGCGGUAGCUGGGGGGCGUUCUAGUCUUCGGUCUAGUUCGUCGCCCUCUACCAGGCCUGUACUACCUGAAAGCAGAACUUCGGCUAGGGCAACAAGAUCACAUCAAGCAGCAUCCGCGAGCAGCAUCCGAACCGAGAGUAGUCAGCCGGGCCAUUUCUGAAGGCGCUGCGAGGUGGGCGGAGAGGCAUCACGCUAGCAGUUGGACGGGAGCAAGGCCAGCGUUCUUCUGUGUGAUGUUCGUCGUAUACUGUCCUGCCUAGUUCAACUAUGUAGGUUAUCUCUCUCUCUCUCUUCUAUGUUGAAGACACGACAGAUCGUUUCUAUCGUACCAUUUUCUUGUUCACGCACUCUCUUCACUUCACGAGGCAAUCUUCUUUGUCCCAGCGAGUACAGAAAAUGCGUCUUCACCAUGAUUCGGCUUUUUGCAGCGACGUCGUUUCUCGCUCUGCUUUUCUCAGCUCCGACGAGGAUGAUCGUACAUGUGGGGGCGGAGGACCCACUGGCCGGAAAAACUGCAACGACGGUCUCUUCACAGCAAAUAAGCUCAAGAACAACCUCAAGCGACGCCGACGACCAAGAGCAGCCGCUACCACCAUUACCCGAACUCGUCGAGCGAUAUUUUCGAGCACAAGAAGCAGGGAAACAGCCGCACAAGGAGCAGGGAAACAGCCGCACAAGAAGAACUGGAGCAUUAACUGCUUCCUCUUCUACGGCAGCGCCAUCUCGACAGACCGAAUCUCAAGCCCUUCUCCAGCGUGCUCCGAAGCGAAUUGGGUACGUGCUGGACCGGAAGGAAUUCCAGGCGCAACUCGACUUGGGCAAGCGUUACCUGGAGGGGGAGCUCCAGGACCCAGACGUGUUUCCCAUUCCGCAGUUCCAAUCGGCCUGGGAGCAAGUGAAGGGAGUGAUUCUGGAGGACGUUGUGGAGGGAAGACUGCUCUCAGUUCUUUCAUCUAGUACGACUCUUAGUCAUCAUCAAGAACAUCAGCGGGAGAACGCAGUGUCGGCGAAAAUGAACCUCGGACGUCGUCAAGAUGGCACCACCACGGAAAGUAGAACUUCCAGGAAAAAUAUGGCGAACUUGCUAUUUAAAAAGCUGUUCUUCGCGACCGAGUCCGAGGUUGCUGGAUUAUCUUCAAGGAAAACAAGAGACAUCUUCACAGACAUCACAGGAGAUGAUGAAUUCAAGCCAACACGAAGAAAAAGUGACGGGUACGUGCGUUUCGAGAUUCAGCAGUUGUGCGAGAAUGACCCGCCGGACAAGCGCGCGGCGGAGUUCAUCACUUCGAAAGUGCACACGUAUCAAAAGGAAAAAUCCCCCCUCCCAAUAUCAAAACGGAAAUCUGUGUUGCAGAUUUGUUGUCACAGAUUAGCUUUGUUAUGCUACACGGGAAAAGCAAAAGAUCCGGACUGUAGUGCUGGGUGGCGUGGGGAAGCCUUGCAUCUUCAGCAUGAUAGGAGGCAGCUGAGAGUGGGAAACAGCAUGACAAAUUGCCUGCAAACGAGGCCACGACUGCGGCUCUUGGCGGUCUAGCAUGACAAGUCGAUUUGUGACCUCAAAUACAGCAUCACAAAUUUCGUUUUCGAUAUGGGGAGGGGGGAUUUUUCCUUUCGAUAACACGGACAACUACUACAUGGGCGCGAUCUAUUUCAUAGUCUCGGAUUCCCACCAGUUUGGCACCACCAUGUUCCACCAUGCGGACGACGAGGUGGGGUUUGUCGCGGAACCCUUCGCCAUCUACCAGAUGGACUGGACCGGGUUCCACUCCUCGAAGCCGUUUUGCAGCAAAAGCGUAGUUGGAGGCGGGAAUUCUGUGAAGAUCAUGAUGCCGGGGUGGACAACUUCUGUGGAGAUGGUAAAGGGAAAAAGUGCUGGUAGGAACAACCACAGAGGCUAUUAUUUGAUGAACAAACGCGGCGACAAGAAGAUUUCCUCUGCACCAGCACGACAGCGAAAUAAACUACAAACUUCGACACGGAAAAAUAUUUAUCCUGCAGCCUCUUCCGCUUUAUCACCCUGCGUCCGCACUUUUUUCCGCGUUUGGUUCUACCACCCUGUUCUGUCGGUUUUGAACUACAAUAUCCACCCACUGUACUUCAAAUACCUGCAGAAACUGCCGGAAACCAAGCCGCGGUGUCCGGCGUUGCGAGACAGAAGUUUGUCCAGCUCCUGCUUUCUCCCCGUACUGGAGAAAGACAGCGAGCUGGACCAACACCGGUCCCACUGCCACAUCUGUUGCAAUUUAAAUACCGAGAUCGGCGACGCGGUGGGCUGCUGGAAACAUUUGUCGAAUUUGGAGCCAGCUGCAAGUAGGAACCUGUCGUGGGAAGCCUGCUGCGCGGAAGACGACGUCGUAGGUUCGUCUAUGCUACAACCUAGCACAAAUACGGAGGACACGGUGAAGAAUGAGCUUGUAGAUGAACGAAGCGGAGCGGGAGCCGGAGCCACAACGUCGCGCCCACCUACGACGUCGUCGUUGUUCAUCCCGUCGUAUACAACCGGUGACGCCUACUGGGGCCACGACUAUUUUCUCUCGUCGCAACAGGUAGACUCCGCAGCCCAGUGUUUGCAGUUGUGCGUGGAAAGCGGCAACCUGUGUGGCGGGUACACGUGGAUCAAGCAGAACUCUGAUGGUGGAAGCACGUCUACACCCAACGAAGAAAUGAUAAAUCCAGAACAACAUGCAAGUCAACAGCACGACCUGGACCUGCCCCCGACGUGGCAGAGCACCAUUCUGCCUGCGUCGCUGAUUUUGGAGUUGCGUGGGCUAUGUUUACUUCGCGGGGAUAUUCCGCUUGCGAAGGAAAUGGAGCGGAAUUUCUUGGCAGGCUGUGGUGGUGGAGCUGCUCCAGCUCCACCGACAUUCGGUGCGAUGCCGGACAUUUUUCUUCACGUUUUCCGUAGUAGAGGGAUGGUUUCGGGGCUAAGGAAACUCGCUCUACACGAUUCCGGAUCCGGCCAGCACGAAAACAUCAACUUCGAAUUAUUCGACAAUUGCGACGUGAACGCCCAGAUUUUUGACUCUAUUGCGUUUGUGUCAUCAGCGAACGAAUGCGAACAGAAAUGCAUCGAGCACGGUAGUACUGCAGGACGUCACAAUCACAAAUCCGAUGAAGGCGGUAGUCUCCUCGACGGCACAUCACCAGAAGCGAAAGACGCAAAUGAGCAGGAGAUGAGCACAACUUCGAAAGCAUGUAAAAGCUACACCUACAUCCUCCCGGAGUUCGAUGGGGAUCCCUGGUCGCACUUCAGUACGCAGUUUUACGACAAAUUUGUACAGAAGCGGUGCGUGUUGAAGACGAGAAGAAAUAGUGAAGAUGCUUGGAAAAGAACUUCCACAGCCGCUACUGCUCCUGCUGCUGCUGCUGAUCCCAUUUCUGGUGGACAAGGUGCGGACAGAGUCAGAGAUAGAACUUCUGACAAAGAAGUUUUGUUACAGCACCGACACAGCUUUCUACCCGACAACGAUUUUGUCAUUGUACCGAACUCGGUUUCGGGAACGCGGGAGGAACACACGGGAAUCCUUGUACCGACACGGAUCCUGUUUGCUGGUCCUCGUGGUGGUUCAACAGAACAACAAGCAGUAAGUGCUACUAGUGCUCCGUCCGAGUUCGAAAUCGGAUCCACUUCUGCUGCAAGAACUAGUACUUUCUCGCAGUGGUGCUUCUUUGGAGACCGACUAGUUUUUGAGUUCGCUCCUCCCGGUGUUUUGCUGGAGUCGAUAGCGGUCACGUUUGCACAGCCACUGAUGGUUGCUUUACGUCGUAAAAAUGCUCCUGCUCGGCAUGGGGGCAGUGGCAGCGCAGAGGACAAUGGUGCGAACAUAACCACAGAAUCGUCCGCCGAUGCUAGUAUCUUCGCAUGGAACCACCAGUGGAGCUACGAACUUCUCUUCUCAAGAACAACAUCAAAAGUUAUAGGCGAUCGCGCAACUGCAAUAGUACAGCCCGAGGAACAGUCUGGUGACAGCACUACAUCAUAUUCUGACGCUGCUCCGGAAGACGAAGAUCUUGCACGAUUGUCUAAUACCGAGUCCUGUGGAACCGAAUCCUCUUCUUACUCCAACGUCGCAAAGUUUGUUUUUGGGAAAAACCGGUGCCCGAAACUGUUCUCUGAACACCGAGAGGGCGUGGUUAGGUUGGAAUUCAGGAAUCGGAGUGCUGUUACUGAAAAAGACAAUAGCGUCGAUAUUGAUAGCCACGACGGGCUGCACAAAGAAGAUGAUACGAAAAAUUCGAAAGUGAAAGGUCUGGGUUUUUGUGCGGUGGAGUUUCUCGGAAGACCCGUCGCUGGCGAGGAGACAGACCGACACGCAAAAACAGCAGAGUCGAGAUCGAGAACUACACGACUCUUCGAUGCGAUAAACCAAAAUUUGGAACUCGAACUGCAAGAGCCACGGUUGUUGCCGUGGUUGCCGAAGGAGAAACAAGUAAAGCAAGAGAGGACAACUACAUCUCCGUCUCCUUCUCCACUACAAGAGAAAAGCACAGUGUCCGCAAGUUCUGUUAACCAAUAUCCGCCCUGCAACGAGGAGCUGAUCGGGCGCAGUUCGUUUUUCAAAUUGCACUACGACACGGAGCAGAUUCGCAUGGCACAACUAGACUGCGAACUCACUUCCAACAAUCACUACGAGUACAUGGACACGCAGUUAGUCAUGAAUAACAUGUUCAGCUUCAACCUGGCCAUUUAUCAGAGUGCACAAGAACUCGGCGUAGCCCUCGUUUGUCAUGCAAUAUCGGAAAUCCUGUGGUGUGGCUUCCACUCCCUGGCGUGCGUGUUGGCACUGUUUGCAUCACAAGUUCGGAAGCCGAAUAAACGUCACUACAGUUGUCGGCGCGUGAUGAUGAACUUGUCAUGGACGGGCCCCACAUGUGCUGGAGCUGGACUGGUGCUUGUAUUGCUGUUAAUGCCAUAUUAGCAUACAAAUGAGCAGGGGGAGAACGAAGGAGUUGUGUACUCUCGUCAUACCAGUUGCUUUCCGAAGACGUAUCAAGACUUGGACCCGCUCGACACAGAGACCUACUGCUCACUGGAGUCUAUUUUAAAGAAAUACUACCGCGACGUCGGCGCGAAGUGCGAGUCACUGCGGAUCAUGAGCAGGCAGCGGUUUUGGCCCCACCACCACUUCGGAGUAGGCGACGGGGGUCCUCGUGGAGGUGCUAGUACCUCCUUUCACCCAAAACUUGAUUUCCUUAUCGCGGGCUUUGCCCGGUCGGGCUCCACGACGGUAAAGGCAAAUUUGGCGAAAAACUACGCGGAGAAAAUAUCGAUGGGCGAAGAGCUGUUGUCUUUCAAUUGGCCGCCAUUGCUGCGGUUGCAUGACGUCAAGCAGUUUCGAGAAGUGCUCUUCUCCGCUGAUGUGGAUCAUAGAAGUUCUGCAUCCACCGGGCAUCAAUUUGGUGGAGGCAAUAAUAAAGCCGGAGAAGCGCUUGUUUCCUCAUCCCCUCGUCGUCUGAUCGGCUUCAAGUCGGAGGCUUUCGCUUUUUCCCGUCACGUGGAGCUGGUCUGCAAAGCCUUUCCAGAGAUGAAGCUGAUCUUUGUGAUUCGCGAGCCGAUGGAGUGGCUACAGUCCGUGUUCAACUACCGCGUCCAUCUCCGCUGCGCCAUGGAGGGCAUCGGCAGUUCUGGGUGCAGCGACAACGAGAUGGACGCUUUCCUGCAGAUCGCGCGGGGUGAGCGUGAGUUUGAGGAUUGCGGCCGGCGAUUCGGGAAAUACGCGGACAUUUUGACAAAGGACGUGUUUCCGUUUUGCGGGGAGGACCGAGUUUUGUUGUUGGAGUUCGAGUGGCUGAAAAGUGAUCCGGUGACGUUCUUCCAGCAGAUCGAACUGUUUCUGGGGAUAGAAGAAGCCAUAAAAGAAGAAAAAGCAGAUGAUAAUGUUGAAACAGGCGAAGGCCAGGGGGAUGAUGAACAUGCGGAAAAAGAAGAACUGCAACCGCAACAGCCGCGUGCAGCCGGCCCAAGAAAACAGCGCGCCCGCGUGUUGGAAUCGCGCAACGAGUACGAUAAACACGCCUACAAUUAUGUGGUGCGGAACAUUUUUUGCGACGAUAAAGAAUUCAAAUCGUCAGAAGAGCUUGCCAAGGAAGAUGGUGAGAUUUUUGAUACCUUGCGAGAAUAUUACUACGGCGGUGGAAAAAAUGAUAGGGGAGACAACGCAUCUUCUGAUAAGCCAGAUGAAGCGGAAUUUCCUGGAGAUGAAGGUGAGAGAAAUGGUGGAAAAAGUAGGUAUAGUCAAGGCAGUCAAGGCAGCACGAGCAUCGCGACUUUGGUGGAACGCUCGCAAGACCGGCUUAUGGAGAUGGCGCGAGCGGCAACAGCAAAGACAAGAAGAAAUGUUGAUGGGGGACAAGAACAGCCUGCGGUUCGAAGAUUUUCUGUCUCGGAUAAAAUCAGAUACGGGGUGACCCGGAGUAAAGAGGCUUGCUUUGGCUUUUGGAACGUCAACAGCACCGGGGCGUUCCGCGUUGUGGACAAAAAGUCUUGGGAAACAUAGAGCUUGGUCCUCUGUCUUGGUGGAGGAAGUUUUCGCAAAGACAUCCUCAAGUUCAAGUUUUGGGUGGAGGAAGUUUUCGCACGAAGUUCAAGUUCUGGGCGAGAUGCCGGUGCUUAGAAGUAUGACAUGAAAAUAAAGGCGGUGGAGCGAGAUGAAUCUACGUUAAGAAAUUGAUCAUAUGCAAAUGAACCAAAUCUAUAUCUAACGAUCACAUGCACACCGUCAUCAACGUGUGUCUUUCUCUCUUCUACAACUCACGGAAGAUGAAGAAGCAAUGAAAUUCCCAUUUGAAUCGACUUAAGUAGCGCAAAAGUGAAGUAAAGUACUCUCAGCAUGAAUUCUUUGGAAAAUGACGCGAUAUAGUAGUGCGAAAAUAUGAAGAAGAAGAUUCAGAAGCCAA